AUGUCCUAUCAGACUCAAACCAUGGACCCCAAGCACACCGUUGCGUUUAACAGUGCCGGCAACCACCACAUGUCCGGAAAUCACGUUGCCCAGUUCCCUGAGAAUCAGUUGCCCGGCAUGAUGGGCAGCGUUGACGCCUUGGCUGGUACAAUCGGCCAGUUUCAGGGCAUGACCUUGGGCAACGGCAUCUCUCACAGCGCCAGCAACAUGGGACAGAUGGCUGCCGCUCACACCUACAUGCUUCCCCAAGACUACAUGCUCGCUCCCCAUCUACCAUCGGCCAUGGGAAUGGACCACCUCUCCCAGGGUCCGUACGGCCCCGCCGCUGGUGGCUACCUGGCGGCUCCUGGACAGUUCAGCCCUUACAUGCCUUACCCCAUGAUGCCGUUUACUCCUGGCCGUGCCGUCAGCGGAGGUGCGGCUCUUCUAGACCGUACCAACCGUGGCCACAAUGACCUGCCAGGCCUCGAGAACCGUCGUCACAGUGGUGGCUCGUACACCACUACCGAGUCCGCUCCCACGACUCCGUUUUACAACGGAGGUGGCAAGAACGACAAAGGUCCUCGUGUCGCUGCACUUGACCGAUCGACCUACACCACGCCCUCUCCGCAGCAGGUUGUCGGUGGCAACAUCUUCGUUGAACCUGCUGCCAAGCACAGCGCCAUCAACAUCCCCGUCGACCGCAACUUGGAGGAGCUUCUCAAGCAGGAUCCUGCCGUGCCAAAGGCCGUUCCCGCCGUGUUCACCCCAGCUACCCAGAUGAAGACUCUGGACCAAAGCUUGGAGAAUCGGAUUCCGGGCAACCGCAACGUCUACAUACGUGGUCUUCACCCGACUACCGACGAUGACCUCUUGUUUCGGUUUGCGGCCCGCUUUGGAAACGUCGAGACCUCCAAGGCCAUCAUUGACACCUCCACUGGUGCUUGCAAGGGCUUUGGGUUUGCCAAGUUCUACGACGUUCGUGACUCGGAGAUGUGCAUCCGAGGCUUUCAUCGUCUUGGUUACGAAGUUGGAUUCGCCCGUGAAUCCUUCAAUUCUCGUCUGAAGGCCGAGGGCGACGAGGGAUCUACCAACCUGUACAUCUCCAACCUUCCCAAGAGCUUGACUGAGAAUGAUCUCGGCGACAUCUUCGGGGGCUACCACAUCAUGUCGUCCAAGAUCCUUCGUGACAGCAUGGGCAACAGCCGUGGUGUCGGCUUCGCUCGCUUCGAGUCCCGCGACGUGUGUGAUACUGUCAUUAAGCAGUUCAACGGCAUCCCCGUCGGCGAGGAGGGAAUGGUCAUGAACAUCCGCUACGCCGACACUCCCAGUCAGAAGGAGCUCAAGCGAGUGACCGCCGAGCGCCGCCAGUUCCGCACAAACGAGUACAAUAUCGGUGCCUACGGCACUCCCCUUGUUGGCAUUCAGCCCAACAUGUACAACCAGCCGGCCUGGAAGCGUGCCCUGCACGCCACCGCCAACACCGGCUACACACCUCGCUCCAUGACCGGUGGUCUUGAUCGAAUGGGCAAGGUGGUCAAGUCUGAUGGCUACCAGGCGGGCACUGUUCAGGGAAACCCCCAAUCAUCCGUGGAGGCUACUGUCAUCGAGACGGCGUCUGACGACAGCGACGAAGGCGUGACGAUCCAUGCCGACUCGAUCACUCCCGUCAUUGUCAGCACGCAGUCUUCCCCGAUCUUGAAGAAGGAGCAGAAGUGA